UUGGAUUCGGCGUUUGCUGGCGUUCGCCGCAAACUCUUCUCGGUUCGGCACUUGCCGGCAUUGAGAUAGAGCGGCCGAGAACGGCCGAGCACAGUUCCAGAAGUAACGUGUGUUUUUACGACAGGGAAGCACAGUUGAUCGUAUGCGAAACAUACGAUCGCGCAGAACAUCCAUCGUCCAGUGAGCAUUUGUAUAACACUUGCAAGAUCUGUGCUGGAAACAUCUCUUAAUUGGACAUGAUGAUGAAUGAAAGAUUGGACUUAGACAAACCGCUAUGGAAUCAAAACACCUUCGUGGGAAGAUGGAAAUACUUCGCGUGGAUGACCGACUUCCGCACCUGCGUCAAACCAGAAUCAGAGCUGAUAGCUGCUAAAAAGUUGUGUGAACAAUAUAGAAUUGGCAAAGAGCCAGUCAAUACUACCACAGAGCAAAUUAUCUAUGCGAAGAAACUGUACGAGUCUGCCUUUCAUCCGGAUACUGGCGAUCUGCAGAAUGUCUUUGGUAGAAUGUCCUUCCAGGUACCAGGCGGAAUGGCCAUCACCGGCGCUAUGCUUCAGUUCUACAGGACAACUCAAGCAGUAGUUUUUUGGCAAUGGGUCAACCAGUCCUUUAACGCGCUCGUCAAUUACACCAAUAGGAAUGCUAACAGUCCUGUAACGACUAAUCAGCUAGGUGUAGCUUAUGUUAGUGCGACCGUUGCAGCGAUGAUAACUGCGAUAGGAUGUAAAUCAUAUUGGGAGAAGCACGCUAGUCCUCUAAUGACUAGGUACGUUCCGUUCGCCGCAGUGGCAGCCGCUAAUUGCGCUAAUAUCCCUCUAAUGAGACAGAACGAAAUUGUAAACGGCGUGGAUCUCAUUGACGAGAACGGCAGAAAACUUACAAAAUCGAAGCUCGCAGCUGUGAAAGGCAUCAGUCAAGUUGUCAUUUCGAGAAUCGUCAUGUGCGCACCCGGCAUGCUUAUCUUACCGCCCAUAAUGGAAAAAUUGGAAAAAUACGCGUGGAUGCAGAGAAUUAAACCACUGCAUGCACCAAUACAAAUUAUGAUGUGCGGAAUUUCAUUGACGUUUAUGGUGCCGACAGCGUGUGCGCUAUUUCCACAAAAUUGCUCCAUUAAGGCAACUACUUUACAACGCUGGGAGCCGGAAAACUAUGAGCUACUAAUGAAGAAUUGUGAAGGUAGUAAACUACCGACGUAUUUAUAUUUCAACAAGGGAUUAUAA